AUGGCGCGCACCCUUCCUAUCGUCGGCCGACAGCCGCGGCUCACACGCACGCUUCGGUUCACAUCCGCUUUUCGUCAGUUCCGUCGCGCAUCCUCCUCCGUCCUAUCCAUGUCCUCUGCUUGUUCAUUGACUGAUCAUAUUUUUGGAGGUGAUAUCGUCUAUCAUUCCUCACACACAUCGGAUCGCCUGGGUGCUCUGCACCUGAAGCCGAGCACAGCUACUUCCGUAAUCAAAGGCAAGAUAUCAAAGAAAGCAUCCACAUUGCCUCCUUCUGCGACAUCUCUUGCUGACAAGUCUGAUGAUGAACCAGACAUAGCUGCACCUGUCCACCCCCAGCCUCCCCCCUCCUGA